UGUGUGUGUGUGUGUGUGUCGGUGAGUAGCAGCCAUGGUGUCCACGCCUGCGCACUGGUGGAGAAAGUCCUCCUUUGCUAUCCAUGGUGUGAUCCUCAACAUCUCCUGUGACGGGCAGUGGUCACGGAAACACAGAGCGAGACAAGGGGAGAGCCGCUGAGGAGGGGGAAACGUGCACUAAGCCAUUUUCUUGGAGGAGCCAGUGUCGUUGAUGGGAAGAGGAUGCAUUGCGGGCUGCUGGAGGAGCCUGAUAUGGAUUCCACAGAGAGCUGGAUUGAAAGAUGCCUCAACGAGAGUGAGAGCAAGCGAUACUCGAGUCACACGUCUCUGGGGAACAUGUCCAACGACGAACAUGAAGAAAAAGAAAACAACAGAGCCUCUAAACCCCAUUCGACACCGGCUACUCUGGAAUGGCUAGAGGAGAACUACGAGAUAGCCGAAGGUGUGUGCAUCCCCAGAAGUGCCCUCUACAUGCAUUACCUGGACUUCAGCGAAAAGCACGACACGCAGCCGGUGAACGCGGCCAGCUUUGGAAAGAUCAUCAGACAACAGUUUCCAGCGUUAACCACCAGAAGACUCGGGACAAGAGGGCAGUCCAAGUACCACUACUACGGCAUCGCGGUGAAGGAGACCUCUCAGUAUUAUGACGUGAUGUACUCCAAGAAGGGAGCGGCGUGGGUGAACGAGACGGGGAAGAAAGAGGUCACGAAGCAGACAGUGGCGUAUUCACCGCGCUCCAAACUGGGGACGCUCCUGCCAGAGUUUCCAAAUGUCAAAGACCUAAAUUUGCCUGCCAGCCUGCCAGAAGAGAGGGUGUCAACCUUCAUCAUGAUGUACAGAACGCACUGUCAGAGGAUACUGGACACUGUGAUCCGAGCCAACUUUGACGAGGUCCAGAGCUUCUUGCUGCACUUCUGGCAGGGCAUGCCGCCCCACAUGCUCCCUGUCCUCAGCUCCCCCACGGUGGUGAACAUCGUGGGCGUCUGUGACUCCAUCCUCUACAAGGCCAUCUCUGGGGUGCUGAUGCCCACCGUCCUGCAAGCACUGCCUGACAGUUUGACUCAGGUUAUUCGAAAAUUUGCCAAACAACUCGACGAGUGGCUAAAAAUAGCACUUCACGACCUUCCUGAAAACCUGAGGAAUAUAAAGUUUGAAUUGUCCAGGAGAUUUUCUCAGAUUCUAAAGCGACAAACAUCCCUAAACCAUCUAUGUCAGGCGUCGCGGACUGUGAUAAACAGCGCCGACAUCACCUUUCAAAUGCUGGAGGACUGGAGGAAUGUGGACUUGAACAGCAUCACCAAGCAGACACUUUACACCAUGGAGGACUCGCAGGAGGAGCACCGGCAGCUUAUCAUCCACUUGUAUCAGGAGUUUGACCGUCUACUGGAGGAGCAGUCUCCGAUCGAGGCGUACAUCGAGUGGCUGGACUCGAUGGUGGACCGCUGUGUCGUCAAGGUGGCAGGCAAGAGGCCCGGGUGCCUGAAGAAGGUGGCCCAACAGUUCCUGCUGAUGUGGUCGUGUUUCGGGACCAGAGUCAUCCGGGAUAUGACCCUCCACAGCGCGCCCAGCUUUGGCUCCUUCCACCUGAUCCACCUCAUGUUUGAUGACUAUGUGCUUUACCUGUUGGAGUCCCUGCACUGCCAGGAGAGAGCCAACGACCUCAUGAGGGCCAUGAAGGGAGACGGCAGCACAGCAGAGAGAGAGGAGGAGUUCACGCUGACAGAAACCACCCCCACCUCACCGUCUCCAGGAUCCUUCUCUCCGGCUCGCUCGGUCCACUCGGUGGGCGUCUCCUCGGCCAGCUCCCCGACUGCAGCCGUGUCCCCGGAGUACAGCGGCGUCCCCACCACCACCACAGUGACAACAGCAGGCGGCUCCACUCCAGAGGCCGGGCAGCAGCUGUCCUGUAUGAGGAACAGCACUCCAGUCCCACCUCCAUCCUCCACCCACCGGAUGCCAGUCUACACCCACAGAGAGGAGCAUGGGUAUACUGGGAGCUACAACUACGGCAGCUACGCCAACCAGCAUCCUCACUCCAUCCAGAGCCAGUAUCCUAAUCUGGCCCACGAGCCGGCCAUCCCAGCCCCCCUCCACUACUCCGCCUACCACCGCUCGUCUGCACAGUAUCAGCUCAACGGCCAGAUGUCUCGAAUGGAGCCUUGCUUGAUGAGCAGCACUCCUCGGUUGCACCCUGCACCUGUUGCUCCUCGGUGGCCAGAUGUGUCGCCAGCUAACAGCUGUUACACCAGCCCACCUAUGCAUUCAUCCCGCUAUGCCGCCUCUGGGGACAUGUACUCUCCACUGGGCCCACGCAGGAACUCAGAGUACGAACACUCGCAGCAUUUCCCCGGCUUUGCCUACAUAAACGGAGAGGCGACCACAGGCUGGGCCAAAUAGCCGGCAGAUGCUGCUUCAGACCGUCGUGUACAAGCUGCAGGCCUGCCAGCCUGGUGGAUGCAAGGCCUCUGAACACUUCCAAUCAAGUACAUCAAAAAAAAAGAAGAAGAGUGGAGAGUACCAAGGCAAGGUGGUAGGAAUCAUGGUGUGGAUGUACUGGCCGUUUGAAAUGACUCAUCACGUCAGCCGCUCUAGUGAUCGUGGUGUAAUUUGUGCAGAGGUUCAAUGAAAUUUAUUCCACAAUUGAUGUUUUUUUUUUCUCACUGCUGGAGCAAAAAAAAAAAAUCAAUUUCCAAUCAAAUCGAUUGUUCAAAACUUGCAGCAAAAUCAUUUUAAAGAGUGCAAUGCUGCUGCCAAGCUGUGCCUUUGUUUUAAGGAAUGUACACCUCUGCCAGAGUUUCCCUCGUCAGUCUCACACGUCAGCGCACAGAUCAGCCCUCAGUCGGUUCGUCUGUCGGAUCAGGGUGCUGCAAGCUGUUACUGACACCAGUACAAUCUCAGUGACGCCGCUGUCUCCUCUCUUCGCUCAGCGCGACAUCCUGUCGCUGGGCUUGUUGCAGCACAUUUGUUUGCUGCAGGAUGAACUGUACCGCCUUAACGCUGUUGUUUUUGGGGCCAGCGGUCAUAAAAACGACAAACAACAUCACAGAAACUGGUGCGUUAAGGCGUCCUCAUCCUGGAUAGUUUUUUUAAUGAUUGAAUGCUGUGACUCAAAAACAAACAGUGCGAGUGUAUUCUGUCGCAAUCUUUUUUGCUGUUUUUCCUGUGACAAUAUAUAUAUAUUAUAUAUAGUAUGUAUUUUCUGUAACUUUGUAACAUGGUGUAUCCUUUAUUUUCUAUGUUACAAUUGGUACUUUGUUCUCUGUUUUGUAUGGUUAGUAAGAGACACAUUAACUUAGGGUUGUGUGUUUUAUAAUGCACUCAAUGCUACUGAGGACCUAUUACCCUAUGGGUAUUUAUUAAAAAAAAAAAGGGAAAAUAUCAAAGUGUACAGUAACAUGAAGUCUAGUCACUUUUCUGUAAAUAAAAGCACUGGAAACCGUCUGUGGUGACUGUUAAACUAUCACAGUUGAAGCUGAUGUGUUUGUGGAGGGACA